AUGGCGCACGUGCAUGCAAAUGUGCAGCCCAAUCGAGCGGACGUGGGCAAAAUGAGAUUGUCUUAUCCCCUAAACAGAAAGAGACAGUUGGCCGAGAUCCGACCGAAAGGCGGCUCGCUCCUCAUCAUGACAAAUCCAAAUUCAAUGGAGAAUCGGAGGAGGCAGCAUGCUGACGCCCAGAAGUGUCAACGAGAUCGGAUGAAAGCAGCGCUGGGCCAAAUAGAGCGGAUAAUGAGAAUAGGAGGUACGGGAAAUGAGGGAACGAGUGGUACCAAGGCAGAACUGCUCGAAACGGCGGUGGAGUAUAUCCAACACCUCCAGAAACAGGUCGAGGAACUAAGAGAGCUGGGUCACGGUGGCCACGCGACACCAGACGUGGAUGUCCAGAGGUGCGCCGGAUGUCAGAAUCAGAAUCGGGGCUCCAUGUCAAUAAUUUAA